CGUCCCACCAUGUGCUCACUGGAUACACUUUCCAAUCUGGAUCCAACGUGUUCAUAGCACUAAAGUGACUUUUACAGCAUUCGGGGGAUCUGUCUACCAAAGCAUGCGUGCACCACUGUCGCUCCUGCUGCUGAUGCCACCUCUCUGUUUGGGUGCCAAGUUCACCUUGCUGCUGGCCUUGCCCAACACCUCUGUAGCCUUCAGCGUGGGGCGCAUUGGAGCUGGUGCUCUAAUCGCCAUUGACACCAUCAACAGCAGUCCAGAACUCCUGCCAGGUUAUCAGCUUGACUAUCAGUAUGUGGAUGGGGAGUGCAAUGAUCUAGUUGGUCCAGGGAAGAUUGUGGCUCUACAACACAAACACAAAUACAGUGCUUUCAUUGGCCCCUGCUGCUCAAACGUGUGCGCAGUGACUGCUAAACUAGCAGCCUACUGGAACAUCGCAAUGGUCAGCCCCGUAUGUGCUGAGCAGCAGUUUUUAGAUAAAAAGGCCUUCCCUACUCUGACCAGGGCGUUAGGGCCAUUUACCAAGCUGGGGGCCUUCUUUGUGGAGAUCUGUAAACAGUUUGGCUGGCAGCGCAUUGGCAUCAUCUACACUAGUGAACCUACGUGGAACAUUCCAGCAGAGGGAAUCAGGUACCAAGCACAAAAUAACAACAUCACAGUAGCUAAAUAUUUGGAGAUUCAAGACCCUCUGUCCAAUAAGUCCAAUAUGGAGUCAUGGGUCAUCACAGAGAUCGCCAAAAUGGCUCGCAUUAUAGUGAUAUCAGCCCGUGGUGAGGUAGUACGCAGCCUUCUAGUUGAAGCUCAUAAGAGAGGCCUGACCAAUGGAGAAUAUGUAUUCUUCUGUUUCCAACCCUACAGCCAUGAGGAAAUGUUUGGCAUUUUUGACUGGAAGCAAGGAGAUGAAUAUGACAUGGCAGCAAAGCAGGCAUACCAGGCACUUUUCCUCCUGUCUAUGUAUGAACCCAGUGAUGAACGUUACAGGGCCUUUGCAGAAAAUGUCAUCAAGAGGUCAAAAGAGGAUUUUGGCUACACGUAUGGACCCCACGAGAAGGUAUCAUUACUGGCAGCCAUCGUGCAUGAUAGUAUCUGGCUUUACGCCCAAGCAUUAAACGAAACCUUGGCGGAGAAUGCUGACGCAUUUGAUGGUUUUGCUGUCACUCGCCGGAUGUGGAACAAGACAAUCAUAGGUAUCCAAGGAGAUGUGACUAUGGAUGCUAAUGGAGACUGUGAGCCAGCUUACAUGCUUAAACACACCCAGGGCAGCGACAGCCAGUUCCAGGUUAUUGCUAACUACUUUGGGACUGGUAAGCUGUAUGAAGCAGAGGAGAAAAUCCAUAUAAGCUGGCCUGGAGGACAACAGAGUCCUCCUAAAGACUCACCCGAAUGUGGAUUUAAGGGAGAACUGUGCUACAACCUUGAAAGAAGAUUUUCUAUUGCUGUGGGCCUCAUUAUAAGCCUGAUAGCCACAGGGUCUCUUGCCAUGGGCAUCCUCUACAGGAAAUACAAACUCCAAAAGAAGGCCUCCAUGAUGAUGUGGAAAAUCAAAGCCAGUGACAUCAUCAUGAUGGAGCCUCGUUCGUUGACUGGGGCAGGAAAGGCCAAUUACAUUUUCCAUGCCAAACAGGCCCAGCUCCUCAGAUCCAAGUCCAUACAAGCAUCACUGGAGUCCAUCAUCUGCGGCAUGCAAGACAGGCCAUCGGCCCACCGGACUGCGGUUUAUAAAGAGACUAUUUACUACGUUCGCCUUCUGAAUGUGAAAAACGUGAAUCUAAGUAACGACCUGCUGACUGAACUCAAACAGUGCAGAGAUCUGACUCACCAGAACAUCUGUAAGUUAAUCGGGGCUUGCCUUGACCCACCCCAGCCUGUAAUUCUGACUGAAUACUGUGCUAAAGGGAGUCUGCAGGACAUUUUAAAGAAUGAAUCCAUCAAACUGGACUGGAGCUUCAAAUGCUCUCUGAUGCUAGACAUUGUGAAGGGUAUGGACUACCUGCACCGCAGUCCUCUGCGAUCCCAUGGCCACCUGACCUCCUCCAACUGCGUGGUGGACAGCCGCUUUGUCCUGAAGGUCACUGACUUUGGGCUCAGCGCUCUGAGACACUCAGGCCCAGGGGACAUCUCCAGCCAAUACUACUGGACCUCACUGCUGUGGAGGGCUCCUGAGCUCCUGAGGCACACCAUGCCUGCUAAUGGCACUCAGAAGGGGGACGUGUAUAGUUUUGGAAUCAUUGCUCAGGAAGUGGUGUACCGCAGAGGGCCCUUCUACACCCCCAACAGCCACCUGAAGACGAGAGAGAUCAUUGAGCUGGUGAAAGCUGGAGGCAGUAACCCUUUGAGGCCGUAUGUGGACGCUGCCGAGUGUGAAGAGGGUGUGGAGGCUCUGUUGGUGAGCUGUUGGAGAGAAAAAGCGACAGAGCGGCCCGAUUUCUCCUCCCUCAGAACUGCAGUGAAGAAAAUGUGUCCCAGCGGAGGCAGUGAGAACAUCCUGGAUGACUUGUUGUCUCGUCUGGAGCAGUAUGCGUGUAAUCUGGAGGAGGUGGUGAGCGAGAGAACAGCGCAGCUGCAGGAGGAGAAGAAGAAGGCUGAGGGUCUCCUCACACAGAUGUUGCCACGAUCAGUAGCUGCACAGCUCAUAGCUGGAAAGACAGUCCGCGCGGAGACCUACGAUUGCGUCACCAUUUAUUUCAGCGACAUUGAGGGAUUCACUGCAAUGUCAGCCUCCCGCACACCAAUGCAGGUUGUGAACGUGCUCAACGACUUGUACACGUACUUCGACAACAUCAUCGACAACCAUGAUGUUUAUAAGGUUGAGACUAUUGGAGAUGCUUACAUGGUGGUGUCAGGUCUUCCCAUAAGAAAUGGAGACGAGCAUGCCAGGGAGGUGGCCAGGAUGUCUUUAGCCAUAGUCCGAGGCAUGAAACAUUUCCACAGCUCACAUGUUCCUCUGCAGCGACUGAAAGUCCGCAUUGGGAUCCAUUCAGGGCCGUGUGUGGCUGGUGUUGUGGGUCUGAAAAUGCCCCGCUACUGUUUAUUUGGAGACACUGUCAACACUGCCUCGAGAAUGGAGUCAUAUGGUUUACCUUUGAAGAUCCAUGUGAGCAGUUCCACUAAAUCACUGCUGGACACCUUCAAGACGUUCCAGUUUGAACUCAGAGGAGACGUCCACAUCAAGGGAAAGGGUUUGGUGAGGACAUACUGGCUUCUGGGAGAGGAACGCUAACUGUGCUGUCUUUCCCUCAUCAUUACAUUUUCUGUGUGAUCCAAAUGUGGUUUUUAUAUGAGAAUGUAAUUUAUUUUUAAUGACACUUGUUUUUCAUUAUUUUCUGUUGUUCUUAGCUUGCAUGCAAUUUUUACGGUUCACUGAGCAAAUUUCACACUAAAUCGAUGCCAUUUCUCCACAAUAAUGAUGCGACGUAUGUCUUUGCAAAUGACAUUUUAGAUCUGUUCUUCAUUGGCUGAGUUAUAAUUUCAUCCACCAUGUGUCAAAUCCCUACUCACAAUCUAAUACAUAGUAACAACAGUGAAUUCUUCCUUUUAUUUUUUAUUUUCUUUCUGGGAAGGAACGAGAAGAUUUAAUGUAAUUGAGGGCAGGACCUGUUAUGUGCACAAAAAACGCCAUCAUAUUUGUUUCAAAAUGCAUUUCAAAGGAAACCUUUCAUUUCACUAUGGUGCACUAUUUAUAAAGUGGAUGUGUAUUCCAA